AUGCUGAAUGGGCCACUUGGGACAGGAAGUGACUUGCUCCAGACAAGAAGUGACCAGGCCUGGACAGAAGUGGCCUGGGAAGUGGCAGAAGCAGUGCAGCAGGAACUGGAAGUGCCUUCAUCCAGGACAGGAAGUAGCACUUCUGAAAUAGGAAGUGGUCUGGCUGGAACCGGAAGUGGCUUAGUCUGGGGGGGUGGGGGGAGGUGGAUGGUUCAUACUCUGUGGAGAAGGGAGGGGGGGCAGGAAGAACUUCCCAUUUCAGGAGGAAGCUGGAACUUAACUCUAAAGAAGAUCAAGUGGACUGAGGAGGGUCUUCCUAGUAUUCAGUGGCUUGUGCCAGGAUCCCCCUUCCCCUGUUCUCUGUGCUGCUUUUAG